CUGAACUAGCAGACGGUAGCGGUAGGAUGGCUGUGGUUGAAACGGGCUGACCGGGCACGGUGUGCUAAUUUUCCUUUUCACGAAUAAUUUUGGGAUGCUUUCCUUUAACGAUCUCCCUGCAUAUUUUGUCUACUGUGCGUGUGAACGAGUUUACAUUAUCCAGCAUGCUUUUUCAUUACUGUUUAUAGCUUUGUUACAGAAGACGGGACUGAGCUGUCGGUUUACUAAAGAAGACUACUAGAUAUUGGAUAAUUAAACUCGGGCCAUGAUGUCUUCAAUACGUGAGGAUUAUAUGGCACCUUGGUGGACAUAUUGGCUACACAAUUUCCCUCAUGUCAACUUGAACUUUCAGCCCAUCGACAACACGUUCACCCCCCAGGAUCAGAACUACCAGCAGUCAUUAAUCUUCCUGGCCUGUAUGGUGGCUGCAGGGCUGGGCCUGAACCUGCUCUGCCUGGCCAUUUACCUGAGCUGCCUGUGCUGCUGUCGGAAAGACGAGGAGGAGGAGGAGAGCAAGAGCCCCAACUCCUGCUGUGUCACCUGGUCCGCCGUCAGCGCCGGACUCCUCAGCUGCGCUGCUGUGGGAGUGGGUUUCUAUGGCAACAGCGAGACCAACGAUGGGGUGUACCAGCUGACGUACUCCCUUUACAACACCAAUCAUACCCUGGGAGGGGUCGACAGCCUGGUGACGGGCACCAUGGGUAGCAUGGAGAGUGGUCUGAAGCAGCACCUGGCGAGGCUGGAUGAGAUCUUGGCUACGCGUGGAGACUACGUACAGACCCUACGCUUCAUGCAGCAGAUGGCUGACAACGUCAUCAAACAGCUGUUGGGCCUGCCUGACUGGGACAUGACUAAAGUAGACCUGGCCGCUAUCGCAGACCAGACCACAUACAUAGAGUACUACAGGUGGCUCACCUACCUGCUGCUACUGAUUCUAGAUCUGGUGAUCUGUCUGGCGGCUUGCCUGGGCCUAGCCAAACAGUCUCGCUGGCUGCUGACAACUAUGAUGGUGUUUGGGGUGCUGACAUUGAUCCUGAGCUGGGCGUCUCUGGGAGCUGACCUGGCCUCUGCUGUGAGCACCAGUGACUUCUGUGUGACCCCAGACAAGUUCAUCAUGAAUCAGACCAAGGACCUAAUCAGUUCUGAGAUAGUGCAUUACUACCUGUACUGCAGCCAGGCCCUCCCCAACCCAUUCCAGCAGUCUCUGACCAUCUUCCAGAGGUCUCUGACCACCAUGCAGAUACAGAUACACGGCCUGCUGCAGUUCGCUGUGCCUCUCUUCCCAACCGCAGAGAGAGACCUACUGGGCAUUCAGCACCUACUCAACUCAUCAGAGGCUAGCCUCCACCAGCUAACUGCCCUACUGGACUGUAGAGGACUCAACAAGGACUACCUGGAUGCCCUGAUCGGUGUGUGUUAUGAUGGGGUAGAGGGCCUGCUCUACCUCUGCCUCUUCUCCAUCCUGGCAAUUUGUGCCUUCUGUGCCAUGCUGUGUGCCAUCCCCCGGGCAUGGACACAUAUCACCAGCAGGGAGCGUGAUUAUGACGAUAUAGACGAGGGUGACCCGUUUAACCCUCAGGCCAGACGCAUGACGACCCACGACUCCAACCAUGCCACCAACAUGCACAGCUUCUGCAGCUACAGCAGCAGUGUGGGCAGCCAGAGCAGCCUUCACCCGCCUGCCGCCCAGGCUGCCCAGACUGUGUCCAACGCUCCCGUCUCAGAGUACAUGAACCAGUCAGCGUUGUUCGGGGGAAACCCGCGGUACGAGAACGUUCCUCUGAUCGGGAGAGGCUCUCCGCCCCCCUCGGUAUACACUCAGCAAUUUAGAAACGGAUACUCCCCCAGCAUGAGGGCUACAUACCUGUCCAUGACUGAGGACCAGAUCAGACACUUUGGGAAUGAUUUCCAGGCAUAGAGCUGCUCCUCCCACCCUCCUCCUCUUUAAUCUCUGCCAUCUCCAAGAGGGUUCUCAAACAGGCAAACACACAUACACACACAACUACUCCAGCAGUGUGUGACUUUGUGGCUGCUACACGGACCCACUUCUCGUCCAACUCACUGGACUGGACCAAGGCCUGAUAUGAGGAAAGGUGUGACACACACAGUUGUCCCAUCCCAAACCCCAGAGCCCAGUGUCUAUGUCUUAGUCACCAUGACUCCAGCCCAUAGCAUUAGAAUGAUUCUAUUAUGUGAUUCUAUUCAAUCUAUUUCAGUUGUCCCUUGCUGUCUCCAGAGAAUGCAGCAAUGUAAAGCCCUACUAUUCCACUUCCACAUUGCAUGUUGUGUCCACUGUCUGAAGGUGUAGUCAAAAGAAAUUCUGCCGAAGUUCUCUUGGAAAUAACACUGAACUUUUCUAAUAGCUUUAGAUUGAAAUAUUUUGGUUUGUCUGCAGCAUUUGUUUUAGGCAAGACCUUUGAAAAUGUAAGAUAGAGAAAUGAUAUAUAUUUUUUAUUUUCAUUUAAUUUGACCUAUAACAUCAAACUUACAACAUGUCCUUAGGCCACAAAUUCAGUAUGUGAGUCCUCAUAUUUCCCAGCUCUUUGUGUAGUAGUAGUGUUGAAAAAAAAUGGUAAAAUGGAAAUUGUCAUAAUAAUGAUUUAUUUUAAAAACGCUAGCUUGAUUCAUUCACUCUGACGAGACAAUAGCAACUUUUACAGGAAAUUGCUUUUAUAAUGAUCUAUUGUUCAGAUACUAAUGAUAUGAUUAGUCUAUUUUGAAAUUAAACUUCUUCUAAAACAUA